CACGUUUAUGCAUCAUAUUAUUAUAUUUGAGUUACGUUUAAUAUGUUUACUGACAAAUUUUUCACAGAUACAAGAAUGUUGAUCGAACCGAAAUUAACAAAUACUUCGAAAAAUUUCGGUAAACCGCCGGAAACACAGAAUCCCUUGCUGCAAAAUUUAGGUUCCCCGCAUAUAGAUUCUUUCAAUUACAUGUUAGAAGAUGGUCUGUCAGAGGCUGUUAGAGACAAUCCUCUUGUUUAUAUUCAUCUUCCAAAUGAAGAUAAAGUUGCUCUGUGGGUUGACGAUGUGUCUAUACAUCAGCCUACCGUCCCUACAGGUACUAUUGGAGUAAAGCAUCAUAAGAUUUAUCCCACAGAGUGUCGUCAGAGAGGAUGUACUUACAGAGGAAAAAUAACAGUUAGACUGGGUUGGUCUAUCAAUGGUAAAACUCAAGAAGCUCUCGAAAGAGAUUUAGGAGAAAUUCCAAUUAUGGUUAAAUCCAAUAGGUGUCAUUUGAGUAAAAUGAGUCCAAAGGAAUUAGUUAGUCACGGCGAACAUGAACAGGAAUGGGGUGGAUACUUUAUAAUUAAAGGACUCGAAAGACUUAUCAGAAUGCUUUUAAUGACAAGGAGAAAUUAUCCUAUAGCUAUUAAGAGAUCAGGAUGGAAAGCUCGUGGAAUACAAUUUAGCGACCUUGGUCUACUUCUGAGAAGUGUACGAGACGAUAACACUGCAACCAACAAUACAUUGCACUACGUAACCGAUGGAUCUGCAAAAUUAAUGUUCACGCAUAGGAAGAUUCUAUACUAUGUUCCACUAAUCUUGAUGUUGAAAUGUUUGGUAGUUGUCUCGGAUAUUUUUAUUUAUAAUGCGUUGACAGCUGGUUGCGAAGACGAUCUUUAUUACAAAGGUUGUAUUUUAAACAUGCUCAGAGCUAUACAUGAACAAGAUCUCCACAGCCAUGAGGAAUGCAAGGCUUAUAUAGGCAGAAUGUUCAGAAUAAAAUUUUUUGAAUUGCCUCAAGAUGCUACUGAUACAGAUGUUUGUGAUUUCAUUAUUAAGCAUUGUAUAGCAAUACAUCUUGAUGAUCCAUUAGAUAAAUUUUAUUUACUUGUUUUCAUGACAAAAAAGCUGUUCGCUCUUGCGAACAAUAAGUGCGCCGUUGAGGGAGCUGAUGCUGUAAUGAUGCAAGAAUGCCUACUUGGUGGGCAUCUGUAUUUACAAGUUUUGAAAGAAAAAUUAUAUACUUGGUUAACAGGUCUAAAAAUGGGUAUUUUAAAGCGUGCGAGAAGUGCGGGUAACAGGUAUACUUUAAGCGUACAGGAAAUGUUAAAUGUAAUGAAACACACAAGCUCGCUUGAAUCGCAAAUGGAAAAUUUCUUGGCAACUGGAAAUUUAAGGUCGCCAACUGGUUUAGGUCUUAUGCAAAAUUCUGGUCUUACAAUAGUUGCCGAAAAUAUUAAUAGAAUGCGUUACAUGAGCCAUUUUCGUGCGAUCCAUAGAGGUUCUUUCUUCCAAGAAAUGAGGACCACUGAAGCUAGACAAUUAUUGCCAGAUGCAUGGGGCUUUAUCUGCCCUGUGCAUACACCCGAUGGUGCACCUUGUGGGCUUUUGAAUCAUUUAACGAUGAAUUGCAUCAUUACAAAACACCCAAAACCAAAGUUGAAAAACAAUAUUGCUAUAAUGCUAAUGGAUCUUGGAAUGAUCCCCUUAUCUAUCGCUGACAAUUGGAAGAAUUCGUAUGUUGUGAUAUUGGACGGAAAAUUAAUUGGUUUAAUAGAUGACAAUAUAGUUGCUAGAGUGACUGACAAGUUGAGAUUACUUAAAAUAAAAGGGCAAGAAAUUCCAUCUACAAUGGAAAUUGCUCUAGUACCAAAGAAGACUGUAUCAGCCCAAUAUCCAGGAUUAUAUUUAUUCACAUGUGCAGCUCGCAUGAUGAGACCAGUGAUGAAUUUGGCUGCUAAAAAGAUAGAAUAUAUAGGCACAUUCGAACAAAUUUAUUUAGAUAUUUGUGUCACACCCGAGGAGGCUUAUGAAGGAUUAACAUCACAUCAAGAAUUAUCAAAAACAGCUUUUCUAAGUAAUUUAGCAAGUCUUAUUCCAAUGCCAGACUGUAAUCAAAGUCCAAGAAAUAUGUAUCAAUGUCAAAUGGGUAAACAAACGAUGGGCACUCCAUGUCAUAUAUGGCAGUUACAAUCUGAAACUAAAUUGUACAGACUCCAAACACCUACAACACCACUUUUUCGCCCUGUCCAUCACGACAAGAUCAAUCUUGACGAUUUCGCCAUGGGUACUAAUGCAAUAGUUGCUGUUGUUUCGUAUACAGGAUACGAUAUGGAAGAUGCGAUGAUUAUAAAUAAAGCCGCAUAUGAUAGGGGCUUUGCUCACGGGACAAUUUAUAAAUCGGAAUUUGUAGACUUGAAAGAUCAAAAAAGUUAUUUUGCUCGUAAUCCAGAUAAACCUGAGCUUGCAGAAAAAUUGGAUACUGAUGGUCUCCCUAUACCUGGUAUUACUAUUUCUGAGGGCGAUGUUUAUUACUGUUACUACGACGCAGAUCAGUCAACAUAUGUUACCGGUAAAUAUCAUGGGAAAGAAGACGCUCGUGUUGAUACUGUAAAACUCUGUGGCACAUUGCACAGUCAUAUUCCACGCAGAGCUUGCAUUACUUUUCGCAUAUCACGUAACCCAAGCGUUGGAGACAAAUUUGCCUCGAGGGCAGGACAAAAAGGUAUCUGUUCACAAAAAUGGCCGGCGGAGGAUUUGCCAUUUACAGAAACUGGUUUAAUCCCUGAUAUUGUGUUCAAUCCCCAUGGUUUUCCAAGUCGUAUGACAAUAGCUAUGAUGAUCGAACUGAUGGCAGGAAAAUCGGCAGCCAUACAUGGAUUAGUACACGAUGCAACGUCUUUUAGGUUUAACGAAAAUGAAACGGCUGUUGAAUAUUUUGGAAAAUUGUUGGAACGUGGUGGUUAUAAUUAUUACGGAACCGAAAGGAUGUAUUCGGGAAUAGAUGGAAGAGAAAUGACCGCCGAUAUUUUCUUUGGAGUUGUACAUUAUCAACGAUUGCGGCACAUGGUUUCGGAUAAGUGGCAAGUUAGAAGUACUGGACCGAUAGAUGUUUUAACAAGGCAACCUAUAAAAGGUAGACGAAGAGGUGGAGGUGUUCGAUUCGGAGAAAUGGAAAGAGAUUCGUUAAUAUCCCACGGCUGUUCGUUUUUGCUUCAAGAUCGUCUAUUUCAUUGUUCAGACAAGACUACUACUUUAGUUUGUCGAAAGUGUGGAACAUUGCUGGGCCCAGUAACGGAGACAGCUAUUAGCGUGUCAGGAGUAGGGAACAGAACAAGAUGCCGUCUUUGUGGCGACGAUGAUUCCGUAAGGGAAGUUGAUAUACCAUACAUCUUUCGAUAUCUCGUAACACAAUUGACAUCCUGUAAUAUUAACGUGAAACUAUCAUUUGCAGAGAAAUGAAUGAAAAUUCGAAUGUACGUACUUUUGUACCAUCUUCUAGUAAUAAUAAUACUUUAUUUUUCUUAA